AUGUAACAGGAUGCGGAUUAAACCACAGCCACAGCUCCUGUCUGUGUUUGUCCGUACUCUCACAUGACCCGAGUGUUUGUUCCCGUGAUCAACAUUUCCAUGAUGAUUUGUGAAGUUAAACGCAGAUGGAUUUACUGCAGCAGACUUUGGACCCCUCGAUGAGGCAACCGAAACAAGAAAAAGACAUGUUACAGACAACUGAAGAUGCUUCACGAGGAGCUGAAACAGCUUCAUUUCCUCACACUUCAGCUUUCACUGACCAGAGCAUCCAGUAUCAGUUUCUCCCAGACAGCAGCGGCAGCACACAGCUAACCUAUCAGGUUGUUCAUUUGACUAAUCAGCCGCUGGUGGGAGGGGCAGUGGGCGUGGUCUCGUCUGCUUCAUUUGCUGGAGCCAAACAGGCUGUGAUACAGAGUCCCUUCAGUAAUAGAGGCAGUACCGCGGCAGAGACUAUCGGAGGCGAGGCACGCUUCUCCUACGUCCCACCGACUGCUGUAAGUGAUGCGACAGCCGCUGGAGUUUCAGUUCAUCCGGCCGAAACCACACGCUCUCACACAGCAGGUCAGUUCUAUGUGAUGACCACACCGGAGGUUCUUCAGCCAGGUGGACCAUGUACCAUAUCUCCCCACACUCAUCCAUAUGCAUCGAAGACGGAGGGGCUGCGAACGCCGAGAGACCAACGUAGGAAGGCGCAACACAACGAGGUCGAGCGACGGAGGAGAGACAAGAUCAACAACUGGAUCGUGAUGCUGUCUACAAUCAUCCCAGAUUGCAGUAUGGACAGCACUAAAACCGGAGCGAGUAAAGGCGGUAUCCUGUCCAAGGCUUGCGAUUACAUCCAGGAGCUGCGGCAGACCAACUGUGGACUCCACGAGAGUCUACAAGAAGUGAAGAGAGUCCAGAUGGACAACGAUAUCCUCCGACAGCAGGUGGAGGAACUGAAAAAUGAGAACGCUUCGCUUCAAGCGGAGCUACAGCAGCUCCGAGCCGAAGCAGAUUUCACAGACGUGCCAUCACAUUGAGACUGCGGACUGCGGAGAUUCUUACUUCAACAAAUAAAGGACGAUUUUUUUAUGUGCCAGAUUUUAACACGAACUGAACGAGGAACAGGAUGGUGCUCCAGAGCGAUACUCUGGAAAGAGUAUGAAAUGAAAGUGCUGUAAAACCUGGACACCUGCCUUAGUUUAUUCUUGCUAUUUAUUAAGCUUUUCUGUGAGAACUUUGUUAUUUCUUUCUGUCAGAUUAACCUUUUUACCACUUUUGAAACUUUUUUUUUAUAUAACCAUUCGCUUUUUGUUUUUGUUCGCUUUUUGCUAUUUAAUCUGCUUCUGUUUGCUUUUUUGUUAAUUCGCUCACAUUUAAUUUAUUCAGUAGGUAAUGUCAGUAAAAAUAAUUCUGUAUUAUUUGGACUUCACUACAACCGAGCCAUCAUUCAUUUCUGUGCGCAAAUUUCUUGAGCUCAUCUCAAUUCACUGCAACUAAAAAAAAGAACAACAAAAUUUACUUUUCUUAAAUUUGACCUCAAAGAUUAAUGGCAGAAACGUGAGGUAAUGUUUUUACAUAGUUAUAUUAUAGUAAGUGUAACUUUAUAUAUAACAGUUAUGCAAUAAAAUAAUACAAUAAUACAAUACAAAUUUUUUCCUGUUUCCAGGUCCAACUAAUUAAAUUUUUUUUUAGUCAUGUCUCUGAAAGGGCAAAUUGUACAGCUUUAGAAGUUUCAUUUCACUAAGAAAUAUCGAUGAAUAAUACAACGGACUCUGGAGGAGGUUCAGGAUACAUAUUAAUGGAGGUUUUAUUGACAGUAUCAAGACAUCAGCCAAAAAAAACAACAAAAAAAAGCCAACAAAUUAAAAAAAACUGGCAAGGCAGGCGGAAGUCUGUAAACAUACAACAAACAACAGAACCAGAGAAUAAAUCCAAAAAGUAGUCAAAAGAACAAGCACUACUGAAAACGCUGCCUUUAUUUGCCAUCAGAAUUAUCCUAGCAUGUGGUGUUUACAUGCUUUCUUGUUGGAAAAUGGAUAACUCUAGCUUCAUUCAUAGGUAUUUAACUCAGCCCAUGUACAACUGAUCUACAUAAAUGCAUACGGCUAAAACCGCCAGUGCUAACUGGUUGAAUAAUUUCUCUUUUUUUUUAAAUCUAUUAUUCAUAAAGUUUCUCAAGAAGAUUCUGCCCAUCUUGGAAACACUCUGAUCUCAGAAAUUGCCGUAAUUACGACCCGAGGGGUCGUUCAUGUGUAACUUCCUAGUCGGAAACUCGUAUUUACUAUAAUUGUGAUAGCAUUUGAUGGUAGGAUUAUAUAGAGUGCAUAAAAAGAGGGAGAGAACAAUAAAUUGUGUUAAAGAUCAUGAUAGAUCUGAGCAGAUUGUGACCUCUGCUGACAGGAAGGGAAAACGUCUUGGGGUGGUGUUUAUUGUAGAAAUGAACAGCUGCCUUUAGAUUAGCAAGAUUAGCAAGAUUAUUUAGUGAAAAUUUGCAGUAAUUGGAUUUUUCUGGAUGUUCUUUUGUCAGGAUAAGGAAAUAUGUAGAUGUUUAUUUCCAUGGUCAUCACACGCAAACGUAGUAGAUGGAGAUCAUAAACAUGAUAAAUGAGUCUUUAGCAGUAAAUUUUGUGUUAGGCGUAAAGCAAAAACAGCUGCACGUAGCCAUCUGAAAGGGCAUGGAGUCGGUGAUGGAUAACGAUCCAUGUGUAAUGAAACUCACUCUCGCACCUUAAUGGGCUAAACAGGCUGAAUUUGUCGCUAAAAGCUCGCACAUUUCAUGUGUGAAAAUGCAGUUUACAACUGAGGGAUCUGUUACAUUACUCUCCACCGACAAGCCUUCAGGCAAUCUGUUUUAUUUUGUAAUUUUACUUCUGCAGUAUCAGCCAAAGCAGCUUUACACACAUGCUGAGAUGUUUAAAGAACAAUUCUGGACAAAAAAAUGGUUUCUUUUUACCCCAGAACAGUAGGGUGGAAGUGAUUCAGAUGAUAUUAUUGUUCCAGUUGAUUUGCACACUAGAUUUUCUCAUUUAUUUUUUUAUUCUGCUAUUUUAUCAAACUGUUUAUGUACAAAUAGUAUUACUGAUUACGAUCUGUCCUUCGAAAUAGUCUGUAUUUUGAAGAUUACGCUUGCUGUUUGCAUGAUCGUAAGCUUGAGGCUAUAAGCAUCCGAUGCUUGUUAUCCGCAAUAGACUCAGAUGUGUGGUGCUAAAAAUGAAAAAAGCUAACUUAAGACACAGAAACGUCAGAUGCUGAAUUUUAUUUUUGGCUAAACUCUUCUUGUCACCUCUGACGUCAAAAAGUUAUGAAAUUAAGAAUUGGAAGAUGUUUUCUUUCCCUCUUUUUUUUUUUUAAUAAUUCUCUUCAUUCAUUCAUCAUUUUUAGUAAAGAAUUUAUCCUGGUUAGGAUCACAAUGGAUCCAGAGUCUAUCCUGUGAAUAAUGGGCAUAGGUUUUUUGUGUUUAUUUAUUUCUUUCCGCCAGAACCUGUGGAAAAUGUAGAGUAAUUGUGAAAAAUUGUAAUCACCUUAGAAUAUUGUAGAGUUUGCGUUUAAUUUCAUUGUGAAAUCCUGGAGGGAUUGAUUUUUACAGCUGGGAGAGAUCUCGAGAACUCAAAUGAAUCCCUCACAAAUAUGUGGAGAAGAUACACAGAAAAACGUAGUUAUCCGAGUUAAGGAUCGAAGAUGAAACAUUAAACCUAACGAGUAACUGGUAGUAAUAAUAAUAAGAUUGAAAGAUGUAUAAAAAAUAAAGUUAAAUGAUAUGAUAUAAAUCUUAUUUAAGCAUUAAGUUUAUUCAAUUCUGGACAAAUAAUACACUGUUGGAUAUGGAACAUAUAAUCUGUUUUUUUGUUUGUUUGUUUGUUUGUUUGUUUGUUUGGUUUGUUUUUAAAUUGACUGUCAAUGUUCUUUUUUUUCUUUCUUAAGAACCCCACCCCUUCCCACCGCACACACAUAUCUAGUAGCUCAGUCGGGAUUAUGAUUUCCAUCCUAAGCUCAUCACUAGCCUAAAAACUCACCUCAGGUAUCAGGUAAAAUCUCAGCCUGAAUAUAUGCAUUGUAGCACAAAUGAAAUAAAUUGGAUCAGUACCAGCUGGUACACACUUACAAAUUCUAGUUUUAGCUGCUGCAUUUUUAUUUGCAUUCCAUUAGCAGACUUCCAAGCAGGACCGAAUCUAAUCCGAGCCCAGAGCUUAGCAGUCUCACGAUUUAGACUCUCUACCGCAGGAACCACUAGCAUGAAUCUAACUUAUUGAAUUAUAUAUCGUCUGUUCUGUUUUGUAUUUUUUGUCUGUUUUACAAGAAGAUUUUCAAAUCUCCUGAACUAGUGGCCUUGAAGCGAGCAAUAAUAAAGCAAUAAAACAAAAUGAACAGCACA